CUCGGCCUCUUGGGCUGGGGCGGGCACGGGCUGCUUCGCUCCAGCCGCGCUUCGCUGGUUUUCUGAAGCCAUUCAGCCUGGGUGUCCCUAGGGGAGUGUUCAGACGCCUCGAUCUCUGUCACUAUGAAGUCACUCGGGAGUGAAGAUGAACAAGCCCGUAACGACUUCGACGUACGUCCGCUGCAUUAGCUAUGGGCUCAUGAGGCGGCUGGCAGAUUUCAUCGAUCCGCAAGAAGGAUGGAAGAAAUUAGCAGUCGACAUCACCGACCCGUCCGGUGAAAGCAGAUACAACCAAAUGCAUAUAAGGAGAUUUGAGGCAUUUGUACAAAUGGGAAAGAGCCCCACAUGUGAAUUGCUUUAUGACUGGGGAACAACAAACUGUACAGUUGCUGAUCUUGUGGAUCUGCUGAUUAGGAAUCAAUUCUUAGCACCAGCAAGCCUUUUGCUUCCAGAAGCUGUAAGGACGGCACAAGAAGUUACAUUACCUCUUUCUUCACAGGAAACCUUGUCUAUACAUGAAAAACAACUGCCUAUACAGGAAAAACAAGUGGCAUCUGUAAAGCCAGAGUACUUGGCCCAGAGUACUGAGAAGCCACAUUCGGUUCCUUUCUGCUUAAGUGAAGAAAAUAGUAGCUUACAGUCCAAUAACACAGAUUUCCAUAAUUUUUGGUUUCGUGACUUGGAAAGUGUUACAAAUAAUUUUGAUGCGCGACCAGAAUCAGCUGGAGGCAAUAAACUGGGAGAAGGUGGCUUUGGCGUUGUGUUCAAAGGCUUUAUCAAUGGCAGAAACGUGGCUGUCAAGAAGCUCGUUGCUAUGGUUGAUGUUAGUGUUCAGGACUUGAAACAGCAAUUUGAUCAAGAAAUAAAAAUGAUGGCAAAGUGUCAGCAUGAAAAUCUAGUAGAAUUACUUGGUUUCUCAAGUGAUGGUGCUCAGCCAUGUCUGGUGUAUGAAUACAUGCCCAAUGGUUCAUUGCUCGACAGACUUGCUUGUCUGGACAAUACUCCACCAAUUUCUUGGAAUACAAGAUGUAAAAUUGUUCAAGGUACAGCAAAUGGCCUGAACUUUUUGCAUGAAAAUAAUCAUAUUCACAGAGAUAUUAAAAGUGCAAAUAUCUUAUUAACUGAUACAUAUAUGCCAAAAAUUUCUGACUUUGGACUUGCAAGAGCAUCUGUAACAUUCACACGAACAAUCAUGACUGAAAGAAUUGUUGGAACAGCAGCCUAUAUGGCGCCUGAAGCUCUGCGAGGAGAGAUAACACCUAAAUCUGAUAUCUUCAGUUUUGGAGUAGUCUUACUAGAAAUAAUAACAGGUCUUCCUCCAGUAGAAGAAAACCGGGAACCACAGUUACUGUUAAGUAUCAAAGAUGAAAUUGAGGAUGAGGAAGCAACUAUUGAGGAUUAUGUUGAUGAAAAGAUGAGUGACUGGGAUGCACCUUCGGUUCAUAAAAUGUAUUCGAUUGCUAAUCAAUGUCUGAAUGAGAAAAAAAACAGAAGGCCAGACAUUAAGAUGGUCCAACACCAUCUACAAGAGAUAAAAACUUGAUGUGUGUUUCUUCUGAUACAUAAAUGUUUUUGUAAUGGAGUAAAUACCAGUAGCAAAUACUUUAUUAGUAUUUAGUGUGACAUUAUCAGCUUUUCUGCUUUCCAGAACUUUCUGGUCUGCAUGUAAGGUGUGCUGUUAGCCUGUCACCAUUGUGCUGUUUUUGUUAACUGAGCAGCCUUUUCACAUAUCCACUGGGCCCUUAAAAUGAGAAAAUUUCUUUUGUAUUAACAGAUUGCAGUGCUGGUACAUCUCCACAGCUUUUUAAAAUGCAUUUCUAUAUUAGAAUCUAUUUAAUUCUUUUCAUUUACAAGUGCCAAGUAUGUCUGCUGCAAAGGCAUAUGUUAGUAUCAGGGUGGAAUGUUUUUUCUGCAAAUUGCUAUCUUGAUCAGGUAUACUAGACCUUUUUCUGUUGAAGAUACAAACAUUUAAUAGAUAUAAAUGGCACUUAUGUUGCCUUUUAGGGAAAGAUUUAAAACUUUAUUUGGCAUUUUAACUUGAGAGUUUACAUUAUUGCCAGUGGACUGGUAGCAUUUGUGAAUGUGACUUUUUCAAAAAGUCUUCUCAGGAUUAGUUUUAGUCAAAGGCUGCAAGAUAUUCUAGGCUGGUUUUUGGUUUCAAGGAUUCUCAGGCAAAAUUAUCUCACAGUGUUCAUAGGAAAGCUUAGCUACUUUGAGUAUUUUACGCUUUAGGAGAAGAUUCCAUAUGGAUUAUAAAUACAGAUGGCUUAUUAUGUUGAAGGGGCCAGAAUAAUAAUAAUUAAGACCAGUUCUGCAUUUUCCUUAGUCAACUAAUUAAGCUCUUUUU